AUGAUCCUCGCCCGCCUUCUCCGGCCGCAGCAGCCCCUGCGCGCCGCCCAGCGCUGCACUCGCCUCGCUCAGCGCCGUGCCAUCCACGAAGUCCCCCAUCUCGCCAACUACGACGAGCGCUUCCGUGAGAGCGGCAUCCCAGAGCUGCUGUCGCCCACUGGCUUCAACACCGCCUGGUCCAAGUACCAGCAGCUGAUGGUGGACAAGCUCAAUGAGAAAGUCGCCGGCACCGCCCUCGAAGAUGACUCCACCCAAACCGUUGCCGUCAAAACCGCCCGCGAACCGCUGUUUGCCUCGACCUUCAACUACGCCUCCAUGGCCUUCAACAACCACUUUUUCUUCCAGUCCAUCACCGACAGGGAGACGUCCAUGUCCAAUGAGCUCGCCGCAUCCCUGACGACAUCCUUCUCCUCGCUCGACAUCUUCAAGGCCGACUUCCUCGCCACCGCCGAGGCCAUGUUCGGCCCGGGCUUCGUGUGGCUGGUGUGGCACAGGCAGAGCUACGCCUUGAACCAGGGCUCGUGGAAAAUCGUGCCCACCUACCUUGCCGGCUCGCCGCUGUCCGAUGCCCACUGGCGCCAGCAGCCCGUCGACAUGAACACCCAAAACGCCCACUCCGCCGGCGGCCUCUCCGGCGCCGACUACGUACGCCAGAACCAGAUUCAGAAUUCAGCCGGCGUCACGGGCCCGCACAGCGCCGCCGGCCAGGCCGCCCGCAAUCGCGCCCCUGGCGGUGCCGACAUCAUCCCCGCCCUGUGCGUGAACACCUGGGAGCACGUCUGGGUGCCUGACUGGGGCAUCACCGGCAAGAAGGACUUCUUGGAGGCGUGGUGGAGGCGCAUCAAUUGGAGCGAGGUGCAGUCCAGAGUCCCAAAAGAGGCUGUGGGCAAGAUGAACUCCUGA